ACCUUUGGUGUUGAUAGUUGUGAAGGUUAUUAGGUUUUGCAUUGAAUUUGUUAUAGCAUUGGUUGGAUUUGAUUGGUUAAUAUUUGGAUUGGUAUCGGUUGAAUUACUAACUGCUAUGGA